AAUUUUGGACUUAUCAUGUUUUUCCAGCCUGAGAGAACUGAUGUUUAUGGAGACAUACAGAAUAAUAAGAAAGCUUCUGAAAAAUCAGAUAUCUAUGCCUUUGGUGUGGUACUUUUAGAGCUAAUUACUGGUAGAAAUAUUAAUGAGAAAGGCGGUAAUAUUAUUAAUUGGGCAAGGACUCGAAUUCAACCAGCUAUGAAUGGGCAACGCACAGAUCUUUUUGAUUUAAAAUUGCAAAUUUAUGAUGAAUCACAAAUGAAGCAAAUGAUUUAUUGUGCUGCUGCUUGUGUGUAUAAAACUUUAAACCUUCGCCCACAAAUGAAGAAGAUAGUUGAAGCUCUUGAAGCUCUUGAAGGACAUAUUCCUCCAAAGAAUAUAUGGGAUGAGAAUGACAACAAAUUCCUACACAGUUAGGGUUGAAUUUCAAUUUUUCAAAGUACUUGUUUCCCAAACGAACCUUUUUAUUGGACAUUUGAAUAUAAAACUGUAUUUUUAUAGUUGUUUUUAAGAUAUUAGAAGAAAUUAUUUAUGUGAUAUGUUACAAUGAAUAAUGUUAUUAGAUUAUAUUUAAUUUGUAUUGUUGCAAUUUUUUUA